GAAUUAGUAACAAUGGUUUGUGAUUCUAAUUUCUGCGUGAUCUUGUGAUCGUGCACCUGAUAAGUGCCAUAUGCAUCACGUUUACUUCAGGUUCAAAUUCAUGUAUAAAUAUGUGAAUUAUUGCUGAAUUUUUAAUUAAGGUAAGAAACGUUAAGCAGUAAUGUUCCGUUUUAGAAUCGCCUUUGUGGCAGUUGCCACUUACUUAACUCUCGCCAGUGGAGUUGUCUUUGAAUGUCCCGAUUCAGUUCAGAAGUUCAACAAUGAGGAACUGCUGCGUUGUCUGCAGGACGGAUGGGAAAGAGUCUGCGAGGCCAACGUGGACACCACUGUUCUGAAUUACUAUCCAGGAGCUGCUGUACGUGAUGUCAAACUCUAUCUGUUUGGAAAGGACGCCGUACACACUUAUCAUCUUGCCGACCUCUGUGACCUCUGCGCUAACGAAGAUUUCCACAAGGGCAAAAAGACUAUGGUGUUCGUGUCAGCAUUCCCUCCAGCUGAAGGAUACUCUGUCCUUUCUGAACUCUGGAAGCUUCGUCAAGCUUACCAGGAUUGUAAUCUCGUUGUUGUUGAUUUCGCUUCAAACGUUGAACAGCUCUACAGCACCCUUCAUGCUAACUUCGAUCAUGCAGCCCAUACCGUGAAAAAGGUCUUGCACUACGUUAUAGACGGAAGUUACGUGCUCCCUCAGGAUUGCUACCUGGUCGGUUUCUCUUUCGGUGCCCAAGUUGCUGCUCGUGGUGCUGUAUUGCUCAAUGAGGAGUGCGAUCUCUUACCACACUAUCUCCUUGCUCUGGAUCCAGCUCCCAGCUGUGACGGCGUCAACUACGUCACCAAAGAUGUUGCUAAGAAAGUGGUGUCUUUGCACACCAAUACCGGCCACUACGGUGUUGAGGUCGAUGCUCACGUCACACUCUUCCCCAACGGCAAAGUACGUCUUCAGCCAUGCUGCAAAACCAAUGUGUGCUCCCACUAUUUGUCCGUUGAAUUGCUCGUGGAGGCUCUCUGCAAACCCAACAGCGUCCUCUUCGUCAAAUGCCAAGAUUGGCAAACCUUCAAGAAGGCCAAGUGCGAAUACAGAAACGUCCUUGCUCUGGAACUUGAAACACCACACUCCUCUGAAGGAACUUACUACUGUCACACUGCCGAUCAUUCUCCCUAUGGUCUUGGCAAUGCUGGUCUCAAACCCUAAAUCAAAUGUUCUUCCGCUAUAGAAAUAAUUUUGUGCACUUCACUGAGAAAUAAAGAUGUGGCAUUUUCA